CUAAGAUCUCCAAAGAGAGAGUCGGCGGUCAACUGGGUAGAUAAUAAUAAUAAUAAAGAUUUAACAGUGCAUCCAGCUGAGUUUUUGUCCAGUCACGGGGUGGCGAUUAACUCGGGGCAAAAGCCCUGCAAAUCUAGGGAGAAAAACUCGCCACUCUGUGGGGUGCUUUGCUGUUGAUAUUGUUAAGCCGGUAAUAAAUAAUAAUAUUGAGCUCGCUGGAAGAAGACACUGGGGAAGAGUAAAAACAAACCCGACAGUACAGAAAGGAAUAAGUUUAUAUUUCGGAAUCCUUGUUGUGAGCCGACUCAGCGCACGCUAGACAAAACAAAGCCGCCGCCCAGAUCAAUUUCCACCACGACUUUCCCAAGCUGCCGAGCCGAAAACACAUCACACAACCACCCACCCACCGGAUUGCUUGUUUUUCUUCUUUUUGGGGGGUAACUGGUGGCGGAACAACAAGCACGGCAAUUCCUGGCUCGUGGAUUCGAGCUGUGGCUUGCGAUUGAACAGUUUGAGCUUGGGGCGUUUUGUCCACUUCAUCUUUGUUGUCCGCCCCUUUUGCUCAUUGAUUUGCUCCCUACUCACUCUUUUGCGGAGGGACCUUAUUGCUGAUUAGUCUCUCAUUCCAUUUUUUUUUUUUUUUCCUCUUCCUUCUUUUCGUACUUAUUUCAGCUCUGCUCCCCCUUCUCGGACCGUUUGUUUCCCUUUUGUUUUUGUUUUUCUAUUCCGUUGCGCUUGAGGGGCUAGUUGAUAUAUAUCGUUACUUGAGCCUCCCUCUCCUCAUUGCUGUCGUUGGCGGCUCUCCACCCACCUGUGUUGUGCAGCUUUGGCAGCGGAACUUAGCAGCAGCACGAGUAGCUGCAGAAACCGCAGCCAUGGACGAGGAUCCCAAGUCCACUUCCAACUCCGCCUCCGGGCUUGUCUCGACCUUGGUCCCCACCCUCAUCAUCUCGGGGGCCAUGGUAUUGGUCUUCAUCAUUCUCCGUCAAAGCCAACGUCGUCAAUAUGCCCCGAGAACCUAUAUUGGCUCGCUGCGGGAGCAGGAGCGCACUCCAGCGCCAGAGCCAGGAAUCUUCGGCUGGAUAACUUCAAUGGCCAAGUUGUCCGAUGAAUACGUGCUGCGACAUCACUCCCUCGAUGCCUAUCUCCUUCUUCGUUACCUGAAGAUUGCGACGACCAUCUGCUUGGUCGGCUGUCUUAUCACCUGGCCAAUCCUCUUCCCCGUCAAUGCCACUGGCGGUGGGGGAAUGGAGCAAUUGGAUCUUCUCACUUUUGGGAAUGUGAAAAACAACCUGAAUAGAUUCUAUGCACAUACUUUUGUGGCUUGGAUAUUCGUUGGUUUUGUUUUCUUCAUGAUCACACGUGAAAUGCUCUUUUUCAUCAACUUGCGUCAGGCAUACUUCUUCUCCCCUCUCUAUGCUUCUCGUAUCUCUUCGAAGACCGUUCUCUUCACUUCCGUCCCUCAGGAAUACCUAAAUGAAGAAAAAAUUCGACGUAUCUAUGGCAAUGAUAAAGUGAAAAACGUUUGGAUCCCAACUGACACCAAGGAAUUGGCGGACUUGGUCGAAGCAAGAGACAAAACUGCGUUCCGCCUUGAGGGUGCUGAAACGAAGCUGAUUAAAUUGGCCAAUGUCGCGCGCAUCAAGUCGCUUAAGGCUAAGCCAGCUGACGAAGAAAACCAUGACACAGAUAAUCCCACUAGCGAUGAAGCUCAGGGAGAAUCGGGCUCAGUGGCUUCUCGCUGGAUCAAACCUUCCGAUAGACCUACCCAUAAACUCAAACCAGUCAUCGGUAAAAAGGUCGAUACCAUCAACUGGUCAAGAACUGAGAUCGAGCGCUUGAAUCCGGAAAUUGAAGCUCUCCAGGCGAAACAUCGUGCUGGUGACGCUGCCAAGAUAUCGGCGAUAUUUGUUGAGUUUUACACCCAAAAUGAAGCUCAGUCGGCAUAUCAAAUGGUUGCUCAUAACCAACCCCUCCACAUGGCUCCACGAUACAUUGGUCUUAACCCUAAUGAUAUCAUCUGGUCGAAUUUGAGGAUUAAGUGGUGGGAGCUCAUUAUCAGAAAUGCUGCCACCAUCGGUGCCGUUGUGGCUCUGAUCAUCUUCUGGGCGAUUCCCGUUGCCGUUGUCGGUGCGAUCUCGAACAUCAACUUCCUGACAGAGAAAGUUCCAUUCCUCAGAUUCAUCAACGAUUGCCCUCCGGUCAUCUUGGGUCUUAUCACUGCCCUCCUCCCUGCCGUGCUGCUCGCAGUUCUCAUGGCUCUCCUACCCAUCAUCCUUCGAUUAAUGGCAAGACUUGGUGGUUGCCCAACCACAGCCGCUGCUGAGCUCAGGACCCAAAACUUUUAUUUCGGAUUCCAGGUUGUCCAGGUGUUCCUCGUUACGACGUUGUCUUCCGCCGCCUCCAGCGUCGUGGAGAAAAUUAUUCAAAAUCCUCAGAGCGCAGCUACACUCCUCGCUCAGAAUAUCCCAAAAGCGUCUAACUUCUAUAUUGCGUACUUCAUUCUCCAGGGUCUAACCUUCAGUGCGGGUGCUCUGCUCCAGAUCGUAGGCUUGAUUGUAUCCAAGAUCUUGGGCAAGCUCUUUGAUAACACUCCCCGAAAAAUGUACAAACGGUGGUCAACCCUGUCUGGACUGGGCUGGGGAACUGUCCUUCCCGUUCUGACCAAUCUUUGCGUGAUUGCCAUUACUUACGGCGCGAUUGCCCCCUUGGUCCUUGGCUUCGCAACUAUUGGCCUGUUCCUCUUCUACGUCGCAUAUCGUUACAACAUGCUGUACGUCACUAACAGCAACAUCGACACCAAGGGCAUGAUUUACCCACGCGCCCUCCAACAAACAGCCGUAGGCUGCUACCUCCUCAUUCUCUGCCUGAUCGGGCUCUUCGCCAUCAGCACCGGCAGCGACAAGAGCGCUCUCGGCCCCUUAAUCCUCAUGAUCAUCUUCCUCGUCUUCGUCGUUAUCUACCACCUGUCACUUAAUGCGGCCGUCACCCCAUUGCUCAAGUACCUGCCCCGGAACCUCGAAGCUGAAGAACAGGAUCUGCUCGCCCGAGACGGCUCCCCUCAAGAUGGCAGUGAGCCAGGAGAAAAGAACGGCGUCGGGCCAUCCACCAAUGGUGCAGAGGGUGGAGAUGCCGAAAAGGGCAUAUCCAACCCAGCCGACCUCCUGCCUCUGAAACCACAAGGCAUCAUCGGCAAAUUCCUGCGCCCAGACAAAUAUGCCAACUACGAGACUCUACGCAAGCUCGUCCCCAAGGAUUUCGGAGAUAUCUCAUAUACCCUCGAAAUAGAGCAAAAUGCGUAUUUCCACCCUUCUGUCGGCUCGCAGCCGCCGUUGUUGUGGAUUCCGCGCGACGCGGGUGGAGUGAGUAGGCAGGAGGUAGCGCAUACGUCCAAGGUGAUUGCGAUUACCGAUGAGGAUGCGACGAUUGACGAGAAGAAUAAGAUUACGUGGAAUGAGGAGAAGGGGAGGCCGCCGAUUUAUGAGGAGCCGAUUCAUUAUUAAUUUUCUUUUUUUUUCUUCUCCUGUCGUUCUUUCUUUUCUUUUACUUGUUUCUACCAUCGCCUCUAGGUUUUGGGUUCCCCUCUGUCGCUUUGGUGUGAUCGCGGACGAUGGGAGGUGGAAACAUGCCAUGCAGUGCCCUGGCAAUGCGGUAGGUUUGAAUGAGAAGCUCUGGUUUGUGGUAAUUAUAACGAGCAGCUGUGUUUGCUCAUCCCACGAGGUAUUAUUAUUUUCCGAUAAUACGAUUUAAUCAUAAUUGGAUGAAAACUGGUGGGAGUAUGUAUGAAGGACGAUAUGAUGGGUUUCUAAAAACUUAUUUUGUGCCAGUUCGACGGAACAGGCAGGAUAUAUUGGGGGAGUGCGCGGUUGGUUGGUUGGUAUGAGAGGCUCGUUUUGCUGAAUCGAAAUACCCCUUCGCUUUAUCAAACUGCUGUUUUUUUUUGGUUUUUUUUUUCAUCAUUUUCUUUCAUUUUGUUUUAGUAUUCUUCUUCAAGGGAAGGAAUUUCCCCCUUCAACCUUCUUUUCGGCUUGUCGAAUUUUCCCAUGGUUUUGUUGAAUUUUAGUUGUGUAGUUCCCUCCCCAGUGUCGAGUCGCCGUGGAGAUCUAGUCCUGAAUUAUAUUAGCAAAAUGAUACCAGUUCAAUCAAACUCCUGUUUUUAUGUAUAUAUCUGGGGACAUUUGUUUUGUGAGGGAUUGAUUUUUUUAAGAAAAAAAAAUAUAUAAAAAAAAUAUAUAAAAAAA